GCAAGUCUUCGUCAAGACAGCUUGUCAUUGCUGCAAGACAUAACCCGCUCACCUCAUCGCUCCCAAGAUAAAAGCCUCAGCACGGCUCGAGAAGCCGGACAUGCUUGCACAACCAGAGAAUCGGGUUGCCAUCAAGUAGAAUACGUGUAUACUUGCACGAGUACACGUAUUCCUUAAGCUCUAGAAGUGAAGGACACUCGUGGUAACGCCAGCCUUGGCGCGCAUAUCUGCCUUUCCACGCCCCAUCGCGUCGAUGACCUGACCUUUCGUCCGACAGCUGGUCACUGACCGCACUAACAGCAGACACAGAUCACACCAACAACCCAGCAGUCCAGUAAUCAGGCAGUCAUAGUACAGUGCGGCACCAUGUCUAACCUUGAUUCGCCAGAUGCAACAAUGGUUUCGACCGCACUCGACCGCCUGGAGAAGCUCACUACUGACCAGUAUAUCGUAGCUUUCGGUCCCAAUGCCAGGCAGUUCUUCGCCACUCCGAACGGAUACGCCGCGUUCGUUACUUCGCCUAAUCCUUUCGCCCGUGUUAACCACCAACAGCGUACAGCUUCCAAUGGAAGUGCUCGGCGACAUCUCAAGCAAGCCUGUCAGGAAAAUUACGUGGGCAUCGUACGGAUCUCGCCCUGACUCCUGGUUCUUUGCCUACGAAAUGACAGAUGGCACAUCUGCCUUCCAGGUCGGCGAGACCAUCCCGCCAGCACUGCAGCAGUUCAUCGACAGAGUCCGCCCGGUGGCUGACCUCUGUUCCGCUCUACGCGUGCAACUCGGCGACAACGACUCUUUUUUCGCAUGGGCAAAGGCGUCAUGGGCAUGCCACGGCGUCCCUGCUGCAAUAGAAGCUGAGCUGUGUCAUUUGAGCGGAGCGCACAUGAGAUCCGCCACCGUCACUAGAGGUUCUUUGAAGGGAACACUGAGCCAGGUUACAUGGCACGGCGACGGAUCAUACUUCAUCGGAGGGCAGCAAGGGUACUUCUGGCACUUUGAGUCCAGUAUCGCUCACCAGGCCUGGGCCAGGCUUUGGUCAAGCGGGACUGCAGCACCGAGUCUCACGGAGCUGGCUGAGCUGGUGCUCGUGGCUCUCAACCCGCACGCCCCCGUUGGAGAGACGUUUGCGCUCAUCAAGAAGCAACACAACGCACAAGAGGCUCCAUUCGUCAUCAGCUUCUACCAAGAUACUGUGUACACAGCAGAAGCACUUGAGCCCGUACUAGAAGCCCAAGACACCCGUCUACAGCACGUCGAGCGAGAGCCGGAAAAGCCCAAGUUCUUUCGAUGGGCUGUUAGCAAGCGCACUGGGCGUCCGCACUUGAAAGACUCCUGGGAAUUGGAGCUCGAGAAGGGCAAGAAAGUCAAGGUGUGGGAGGACAUGGGGAAGAACUGGUAUAUCGUCGAAGCUGGAGGAGGAGUAAGAGGCUGGGUGCACGGCACGUGGCUCGCAUUCUGUGGUAGCAGGGUGCACAGAGACCCUCGCAGCACAUACCAGCAGUUCCAGGAGGACAUGCGGAGGCUCCUCGUCCCCGGGCAGCUUCGCGACUUCCCUCCUCUGCGCGACUACAUGAGCGAAUGCGCCAAGGUGGCGUGCCAGCCAUUGAGAGAAGGCACCCAACCAGGUAUCUGCGUCCACGACCUGCAGACGCUGCUGGAGGGCUCGGGCAAGUACUCGUAUGACUGGCUGAGGGAGGAGAGGAACGUGUGGCACCCGGACAAAUUCGCCAGGUACUGCCAUGCUCAGCACAAAGAGCACAUCAAGACGUCGGCACAGGAGGUCUUCGUACUCUACGGCGUCCUCAUGGACAUGUGCAAGCAGCAAGAGGAGGAGUAGGAACCGACGAAGGAACAGGAGCCGUGAGGUGUUUGGAAAGCUUAUUCUAGCGUGUCUCGAAAGCUUGUUCUGGCGUAAGUCGGAAGUUUUUUUCUGGCGUAACUCGAUUUUUUCUUCUGGCGCUGAUUGCAUCGCGGCAUCGCCAACUAGAUCACGAUAGCGAGCCGCAGGCCUGUCCCUUGCACUUUGGCUGUUCAGCCUCCCUUGCCCCAACGAAUGCGAGCCUCGAGGUGCAAUCCAUAUCAGGGUCUCCAUAUCAGGGUGUCCCAUCCUGGUUAGUACGCAAAGCGAGACCGGCGCGGCAAAAGUUUGGCACUUUCGCG